AUUCAAAUCCUCUGUCCUAAAUCUUGGGAUAUUCUCGUCAAAUAAGGAUCAUGUCUUAUUUCACACACUUGUUCCUCUUCAGUGUUUGUGUGCUAUUAUUUGUCGGCGCUAAGGUGGAAGCGUACAAGGCCGAGAAAUCCAGAACAACGGCCAUCAAUAGAUUCCUUGGUCAGGACGAAGAGCGCACGACAACUGAUGUACAGACACCAGUCUACGACGAUGAUUACUCUUAUGAAGGCGACGACAAUGACUACGACUCCGGGGAUUAUGGACUAGAAUUUCCCAGAGUGGCUUUUUCCACCAAACCAAAGGAUCCCUCCGUAGUGCCUGUAACAGGGGGCAAGAGGAAAGGGAAGAGGAAGGGAAAGAAGAAGAACCCCUGUCGGAGGCAAUACAAAGGCUUCUGUAUUCAUGGAGUUUGUCACUACAUGGAGGAACUGAAGGCUCCAUCCUGCAGAUGUAAACCUGGAUACUCUGGAGAGCGGUGUCAUCUCGUCACAUUGCCAGUGGGAAAAAAUGAAGACAGUUACAGUCAAACCACAGCACUGGUGAUCAUAGCCGUGGUCUUAUCUCUCUUGUGUUUCGCAGUAAUUGGCAUUUUACUGGCAUUCAGGUAUCACAAAAAACGUGAUUAUACUUUGGACAAUGAGGAGAAAGUCAAACUGGAAAUGACCUCAGUACAGUAAAGAUCAGAUGAAAGGUUGGAGGAGUUCACAGUGGUUGAUCAUUCUACCAUUUUCUCUGGUGGCAGGAGGCAGAAAUUCUACCUCAGAAGAUGUGCACCAUGCAACCCCCCAAGAGGAAAUGUGUCAUGCCAGAGGAAAUCUGAUGAGAGAUGUACGUCUGGACUAAUUUCACAGACACUCUGAAAUAGGAGUACAUCUGAAGAAGGACAGCUUUAGCCAUGUUUCAGUUGGAGUGGAUUUGGAAGUGUCUGCUUGUAUGUGUCUUAUGUCUAACAGAGA